AUGAUAUACUGUGUAAGUAUCCACAUUGGCUCUUUCUGGUGCCGAGGGGAUGCUUCAAGUAGUCGAUGGAAAGUUCUCGAACACUCGGUGUCAGAGGAAGGCUCCGUGGUGGACGCCCCGUCAAAAGCCUGGAUACCAAGCUGUCAAUUACAGCCACCUGGUCGGCGAGGUUGUCAGGAGAGUCAGUGGGAGAUCUCUCAAAAUUUCCUCGCGGAUGAGCUCACCGGCCCGUUAGAUGUCGAUUUCCGAUUCGGGGUGCAGGAGAGCUGGGAUCGUACGGCAGAUAUUAUACCGCCGCCUCAGCAGUAUGGACAAGUAGAGUCUCGCCGCCAAAGCCUUACGGGCUCCAGCAGAAUACUCCAAAAACCUACUUUCAGGAAGGCUCAAGCUAUCAGGGUCAAUUGGUUCGCAACAGCACAUGGUCUUGCCCGUAUCGGCUCGCUGGUGUCGACGCAGGGUACUGUCGACGGUAAGCGGCUUGUCUCGCACGAAUCCGUCGAGAAGAUAAUUUAG